AUGGUCCACGGCGGACUUGCCCCCUCAUAAAAAUCUCAGCCACACCGCGACUUCGAUUCCUCCGCCUCGGGUCCGUAUUCCGCGAAUCUUCCUCUCUUUAAAUCCUUCCAUUUCCUUAUGUCGUUGAACCCAACCUCCAACUCUGUAGUCCGCUCUCUACCUGUUCUGUCCUAGAAUUAAAGAUGCAGGGAUCUAUUUCUCUCUCCUUUUCCACACCGGCGAUCUCCAGAUCCGAUCCGGCGAGGUUCCUCGUAGCGGGUGUUGGUGUCACACCAGAAGGGGUAAGCUUCAGCCGCCUCCAAGGGCAGGCGCUGCGGUUCUGCGUGCGCAAGUUCGCGGGGGUGGGUAGGAGCCCACAUUUGGUUUCUUCUCGGAAGCUCUGUAAAAAAACCUUGGCUGCUGUCACCGACAAUGGCAGCACGGGGAAGGGGUUCGAUUACGAUCUCGUUAUCAUUGGAGCUGGUGUUGGCGGCCAUGGAGCAGCACUGCAUGCAGUGGAGAAGGGUCUGAAAACUGCAAUCAUUGAAGGGGAUGUUAUUGGUGGCACCUGUGUAAAUAGGGGUUGUGUUCCAUCUAAAGCUCUUCUUGCUGUGAGUGGUAGGAUGCACGAGCUUCAAAGUGAGGAUCACUUGAAAUCAAUGGGUUUGCAGGUUUUGAAUCAUAGUUAUGAUAGACAAGGUGUUGCUGAUCAUGCAAAUAACCUUGCUUCAAAGAUUCGCAGCAAUUUGACCAAUUCACUCAAAGCACUUGGUGUGGACAUACUGACUGGAGUUGGUACGAUUGUUGGAACUCAAAAGGUGAAGUAUGGUAAAGUAGGCACGGUUGACAAAGAAGUCACGGCAAAGGACAUUCUAAUUGCAACAGGGUCUGUUCCAUUUGUUCCCAAUGGGAUAGAAGUCGAUGGGAAAACUGUCUUUACCAGUGAUCAAGCCCUAAAGCUGGAGUGGGUUCCAGAAUGGAUUGCUAUUGUUGGAAGUGGAUAUAUUGGACUUGAAUUUAGCGAUGUUUACACAGCCCUUGGAAGUGAGGUUACUUUUGUUGAAGCUUUGGAUCAACUUAUGCCUGGCUUUGAUCCUGAGAUAGGGAAGUUGGCUCAAAGAAUCCUCAUUAAUCCUAGAAAAAUUGAUUUCCACACUGGCGUAUUUGCUAAGAAGAUCACUCCAGCUAGGGAAGGUAAACCUGUUCAAAUAGAACUAAUUGAUGCCAAAACAAAAGAACCUAAGGAUAUGUUGGAGGUAGAUGCAGCCCUCAUAGCAACUGGUAGAGCUCCAUUUACCAAAGGACUUGGCUUAGAAAGUGUAAAUGUCACCACACAGAGGGGAUUUGUUCCAGUUGAUGAACGAAUGCAAGUUAUUGAUACAAAUGGCAAUCCUGUCCCUCAUUUAUAUUGCAUUGGUGAUGCCAAUGGAAAAAUGAUGCUUGCUCAUGCUGCCAGUGCUCAGGGUAUCUCAGUCAUUGAAACUAUUUGUGGCAAGGUUCAUGUGCUCAACCAUUUAAGCAUCCCUGCUGCUUGUUUUACCCAUCCUGAGAUCAGUAUGGUUGGCCUCACUGAGCCGCAAGCCAGGGAGAAAGCGGAGAAAGAGGGAUUUGAAGUCUUUGUUGCUAAAACAAGUUUUAAGGCUAACACAAAAGCUCUAGCUGAAAAUGAAGGAGAAGGGUUGGCUAAGUUGAUAUACAGACCUGAUAAUGGUGAAAUACUUGGAGUUCAUAUAUUAGGACUACAUGCUGCAGACCUCAUACACGAGGCAUCAAAUGCUAUAGCCAUGGGAACACGCAUUCAGGAUAUAAAAUUUGCCGUUCAUGCCCAUCCAACCUUAUCUGAAGUUCUUGAUGAACUCUUUAAAGCUGCCAAGGUUACUGCUGGUAUUUCUCGUUCAGUUGAUGAACCAGUUGCAGUAUAAUGAGCUGAAAAAAAUGGAGACCUGGUUUGCCAAUGGAAUCAAAGUAUAGAUUUCUCACCAUUUUGCGGUCCUAUAUGUUUCUCCAAGAUUGGUACUGUUGACCGCCAAGAUAGGCUUCUCCAACUGUUGCAACCUAAAAGAUAUGAUCCAAUCUCAUCGUUGCUUUAGUGGAAAAUUGGGUUUGGCUAUGUUUGGAAAUUUUCUUAUUUAUUGCAUGGACAAUGUCAAUUUAUUUUAAUUCAGAUUUAGAAUUUUACAUUUCUUAAUUGUAAAAUUUUUUUGUAUGCUAAGGUCAACAUUCUAGUUAAAAGAGGUGCCGACAUCAAUAAUUUGUCCUAAGUAUAAUUUUUUUGUAUACUUAAUACACUGUUAUAGAUUUAGUAGAACAAUUUCAUAUUCAUGGAACCACGACUUAAUUCA